AUGGCACCUCCAGCGCCAGUAUUUAACUUGAGUGAUAUCCAAUUGCAAUAUGACUCACAACUAAGGGAUCCUUCGAAUUACAAGUGCCAUCUUAUGUCUUUAACACAGCAUGAAUGUACAUUUAAAGUACAUCCUGAAAAUAGAGAAAUACCACCUGAGAUAAUAUGUUUGCCAUUUAAAAGACUUUUCCAGCGUUGUCUUGUACAGCUGAUAGUUCAGGAAGAAGGCAAAAAAGCAAAGACAGAGAAAUGGAUCAACAUCGAAAUAACUGAUGCGGAUACCAAUAGGAUUAUGAGUGACGGAAGAAAAUAUGGAAGGGAGGUCCGGGACUUUUUGAGUGCUGACGAGGAAUUGAAGAAAUUAUUAGAGUCAGAUAUGAAAGACGCUUAA